GAGCCCAGCCUGUUUACGAAAGGAGAAAAUAACAAGACAUCUGUCAACUGCAAAGCAGGGGCCGAGGCCAAAGCGGAGCGAGACAGGGAGCAGCGUUCCCAGAUCGCUGAGACUUCCACGGCUACUUCUUCAGCCUUUGCUGGUGCCCGGUUGGAUCAAGGAUGCUGGACUGGGUGCAAGCUUUGCUUCUCAGCGCCGCGCUGCUAACAGCAGCGUCUGCCACCGAAGAAUGUGUCCGUGGCAAUGGCGUGUCCUACCGGGGUAGCCAACAGAUCACCUCGAGCGGUGACCCGUGCUUGAACUGGCUGGCGGUGGGGAGAAACUACAGCUCCGCUCUCCUUGAAGUCACCGAGGAUCACAGCAGCUGCCGGAACCCCGACGGCGCUGCGGCCCCCUGGUGCUACGUGAGCGGCGAGGCCGGCAUCCCGGAGCGGAGCCCCUGCGACAUCGCCCCCUGCCCAGAUGUUACCUCCUCCACAGAGACUCUGGUCCCUACAGUUGCGGCUGAGGUUUCUCAGGGGAUAGACCAGGUAUUUGAACCAGCUGAUACUUUACCAGCCCGGAGCGAGGCAGCUGCUGUGCAGCCCGUCAUUGGGAUCAGUCAGAGAGUCCGGAUGAACUCCAAGGAAAAGAAGGACUUGGGGACAUUAGGCUAUGUGAUGGCCUUCAUCAUGAUGGUGAUAAUCAUUGCCAUUGGAGCUGGCAUUGUUGUGGGCUACAUCUACAAAAGGACCAAAGACUUGAAGGAGCAGCACGAGCAGAAGGUUUAUGAGCGGGAAAUGCAGCGCAUCACCCUUCCACUCUCUGCCUUCACAAACCAGGCCUGUGAGCUUGUGGAUGAGAACACAAUAGAGGUGCACACCAACCAGACCCCCGUGGAGGAGGCACAUGAUGGCAAUGCACCUCUCAUGGGCCAGGCAGGUACUCCUGGUGCCUGAGCAGCUAGGGUCAGGAGAGGCACAGGUUGAAAUGAUUGAGGCUAAGACCCCAGUCUCUUGUUUUGGGAGUGGGGGGUUCAUUUGUAUUUUUUUGUUGAUGAAUUCCAGCAAAUGACAGGACUUGGAGAUGCACUGAAAUGGGGCUGUUCAUUGUGUGGCUAGCAGGACUUGUUUCACCUGGGGACUGGUGCAAUCCCUUUCAUCUCCAGGGAUUACUACAGCAGGGGAGGGGGAGUGGUUUCCUAAGCUAGCAAUGUGCCACUGUGGCCCCACCUCCCAUACUUCAGAAUGGGAACUCUCAACAUCCUCUUGUUCUGUUCCCUUCCCUUUUGACAAGUGUUACAUGCAUUUCAGCCUGUAAUCUGAUGCAGCAGCAUCAGAGACAGGUGGGAGCUUUACAGCAGGGUUAUGUAGACUAUGAAUGUAGUUUUACAUUUUACUUUAAUAGGAGAAAAGCUGUCCUGUGCAAAUUUAUUUUAGAGAAGGGGAAGAGUCAACUGCCACCUAUCAAUAUGGGCAAGUGAAGAGCUCGGUUUCUGCUGGGAGACAGAAAGUUAGCCCCAACGCAUUGCUUAAGAGAUCUCACUCAAGAUGCUCAUAAAGCAAAGUCUUCCAGUGCCCAGGACACAUUCCCACUCUCCUGGGCUGGGACAACAGGAGCCUGGUUCCAGAGCACCCAGCUGGGCUGGCUGCUAGGGCAGGAGAGGAGCAGAAGUAUUUCAAAAGUGGAGGGAAGGUAGACAACCCCUCAAUCAGCUUCAGGGAGAGUGGCCAAGUACUCUUUGCUGCUUAAAGGGAUAGUAGCCAUUUCUGAAUUCCUUUCAGACUUUCCCCAGGGAGGUGUAUUUCCAGCAAACAAGAGUUUAAGCCAGUCCUAGGGUGAAUGCAACUGGAAAGACAAGACAGCUGCCCUAUUGCAGGCACAUCAAGGCCUUGUGCAUGCUGUUCUGUGUCCCUUGCGCAGGCUCCAGGAGAGGUCACACUGCAGGGGCUGUUUAUCCAAACUGGCCCAUUUAGAUAAAGAUUUUAGGGCACAUGUAUGAGCAAGAAGCACUUGUUUCUCAGAGUGGGGUGGUUUAUAAUCGGUGUAGGACUAAUUCAGAGAAAUGCACAUCCUCAUCUCUGCAGCAGGGUUCAAGCCAUCCAAAUAAGGUUUUCUACCCAUCUACUUUAAGGGGGACUUACUGAGCAGAGAUUAAGUGUUGAUGGUUAUAUGGUUCAGAAAAGGGAAAAUGUUUUUUUAAAAGCCUUUGAAUACCAUUUCUUUGUAAAUAUUUUAAAUACCUCAUAAUAAAAUAAAGAUGCAGAUCGUGCUACCUUGUAUUAAAGCUUAAAAAGGAAAAUAAAAAGGUUCUC